AUUCGUGAUGUUUGUCACAUGCAUUGUGCGUAGUUGCCAGUUUGAACGAGCAGGAUUCGACGGAUCAGUGGUGUUGUAAAAGCUAGUUUAAACAAUGGGCCAAACCAUUCAGGGCUACGUAAGGUUUUGAGUGCAUUUGCGGAGGACAUUAUGCAUAUAGAUAAGACAUUACGGUGAACCUCAUUCCUCGUGGAAUAACCAGGAGAAAGGAGAUAUAGAUGUAUUUGUAUUUCGUCUGCUUGACUAUGCAAACGUUAUGGGUAGUAAAUUCGAAGUUGCCUUGCCGAUCUCGUUUGAUUUUUAGCUGUUCUUUUUGGCACUAGUCAUUAGCCUCUUCCCUUUUCUCCCCUCCCACUUCACAUACUCCCACAUCCCACCUCCCACUCUCACAUCAACAUACCUGGUGCGAAGGUGGUGCAAGCUCAAUUUCUCUGCUGAGUUAGGUGCCUCCUAUAAGCGUUGACAAAAUAUGGCCCAUUGUGUCUCGUCCGCAGGUGGUGGGCCGCACCAUUCUAAAAGAAAUCGCCUUCCUUCGUGGAUAAGGUGAACAAGGUGGCCCGUAUUUGGCGCACGUUUGCACAAGAGACAUGCGGCCAUUCACUCUUGCGUACUCAUAGCACUUGUUUUCGAUUUAUUUUACCCGAUAUAUGCAGAUGUAACGGGAAUAAGACGCUGAAAACUAACACCGAGCGGGCGUACCGCACUCCGGUUACUCUAUCAUUUGUAGAGGGAGCCAAGAGUUCGAAACGAGAAACAAAUGGCAGGAUUUCUUUCGCGCUGACCGAAUCAUCCGUGGAAUGGCCAGUAAGCCGUCAGCUUCACAACAGUUUAUUGCUGCACCUUAACUCUUUUCAUAGCGUUAGCGCUGUGCUUUACGACUCAUUGCUGGGAUGUAAAGCGGCCGUCACAGAACGGGACACCACUAUUCAAUAACCGCGAAACAAGCACAUUGCAAAACAACAAGCAUCGUGACCGAACAUACGCGAGCGGCCGUGACAUCCCUGUACUUGUACAGCGGGACAAAGGUAUGUCACAGUGGAUAGCGACGAUAACGGUGUACUGCUGCGACGCAGAUCCACUGCGACAAGACCUAUGAGUACCCGCGGGAGUCGCUGAACGCCUUGGCCGACAUGGGUCUGCUGGGUGCGAUCGUCCCGAAAGAGCUGGGCGGACUUGGGGAGAAUCACGUGUGCACCGCCAUGGUGGUCGAGACCCUGGCCCGCUACGGCUGCCCCAGCACCGCCAUGGUCUACACUAUGCACGUGGCUGCCGUGUCGACCCUGCUCUUCCGCUACCACAACAAUCCAACGAUCCAGGACGUGCUGCACCGCCUGGACAAGGACAGGCUGGUGGGGACGUUGUCCUUCAGUGACCCGGCUACCGGCGGCCACUUCUGGUUCCCGCUGUCGUCUAAGUGUCGUCAGCUCGACGAGAACCAUGUGAAGCUGCUCAAGUACGGCUCGUGGGCCACCUCGGCCGGGUUUGCUGACUGGUACGCCAUCCAGACAGUCAGCCCCGGUGCCAAGCCUGGCAACUUCGCAGACCUCUCCUGCUUCCUGGUUAUGAAAGACGAGGUGCGAGCCAAUGCCAACGAAUGGCUUUCCCUGGGUUUGCACGGAAACCAGUCGGGACCGCUGAUUUGCGAGGGAGUCCUGCCUAACGACAGGAGAAUCGGACCCAUCGGUGAUGGCGCGCGAGCAAAUGAUGAGUGCGUGGAUCCGUUCUUCCUACUGCUCUCUUCGGCCUGCUGGAACGGUAUCUCUAUGGCUUGCAUCGACCUGGUAAAGAAGCACGUCACCAGGAAGACCCACGGCGACGUGGGCAUGCGCGUGUGCGACUACCCGACCAUCCAGGACUACUUCGGCGAAUGCGUAUGCGACACGAACGCGACGCGGCUGAUGAACGCGUCGCUCGCCAUGGGCAUGGACCAAGUGACUGACGACAACAGCUGGGAAAAGCACAGCGACAUCACGUACAUGCCGAGAACCAAGUUCCUGUCCUGGCUGUGGCAAAUGAAGUUCUCCGCGGCCAAGAACGUGAACGUGGUAACCGAUAAGAUGCUGCAUGCGGCAGGAGGCUCUGGGUACAAGGUGGACUUGGGUCUGGAGCGUCUGCUCAGAGACGGCAAGGCCGGGUGGGUGAUGGGACCCAGCAACGAGGUGCUCAGACAGUUCGUCGGCAAAGCCGUGCUUAUUGGUAUGGACGCCGUGGACUACUGGGAGCAGAAUAUCAACACGCGCGCAGUGCACCACGAACUCAAGAAGAUGUCCCCCGAGCAGAAGGAGGCCAUCGCCAAAGAGCUGAUGGAGGACGUGCAGAAUGGUCGCCUUUCGGCUGACAAGGUCGCCAGCAUCGACGAUGAGGACUUUGAGAACCCCUUCAGCACUGGGCCACCGCAUUACGUCAACAAGACGCUGACGCUGAAUGGCCGCGAGUGCACGCCCGGCCUGAGUCCGGACAGCUACACCAAGAUGACGCUCCAGAAGCGUUCACCCAUCGGCGACAACAUGGAGCAGUUUGACUUCGCGUACCCCAGCAAGGACAAGCACAGCGGCUGCCUGCCUGGGCAGUAUGUCAAGGCACGUCUCGUCCAAUGGGUCCUUCCAUUGAGAAACUGGUAG